AUGCCUCGCGAAAUCUCCGAUAUCAAGCAGUUCAUUGAGAUCUGCCGCCGCAAGGACGCCUCGUCCGCCCGGAUCAAGCGCAACCGCAAGUCCCAGCAGAUCAAGUUCAAGGUCCGCUGCGAGCGCUUCGUUUACACCCUGGCCCUGACCGACUCCGCCAAGGCCGACAAGCUCAAGCAGAGCCUUCCCCCUUCCCUCAAGGUCGUUGACGUCUCCAAGGGUACCAAGAAGUCCCUGUAA